AUGGAGCGCGAGGUUUACAACAUCACCAAGUGGGCCAACAGGCACCCGGGGGGGCACCGAGUGAUCAGCCACUGCGCCGGGGAAGAUGCCACGGAUGCAUUCCAGGCCUUCCAUAUCAAUCCCACCUUGGUGCAGAAGUUUCUCAAGCCAUUGCUCAUUGGGGAGCUUGCUCCAGGGGAACCCAGCCAGGACAGAGAUAAAAACUCCCAGCUGGUGGAGGAUUUCCGGGCCCUGAGGAAGACAGCAGAGGACAUGAACUUGUUCAGAGCAAGCCCUUGGUUCUUCUCUCUUUACUUGGGCCACAUUAUUGCAAUGGAAGUUUUGGCCUGGCUCAUGGUUUCAUACUUUGGUACUGGCUGGAUCACAACCCUCAUCCUUGCCUGCAUCCUUACAACUUCCCAGGCCCAGGCAGGGUGGCUGCAACAUGAUUUUGGACACCUCUCUGUUUUCAAGAAGUCCUCCUGGAACCACAUUGUCCACAAGUUUGUCAUUGGACACCUGAAGGGUGCCUCUGCAAACUGGUGGAACCACCGUCACUUCCAGCAUCAUGCCAAGCCCAACAUAUUCAAGAAGGACCCAGAUGUGAACAUGCUGCAUAUUUUUGUCCUCGGAGAAACACAGCCUGUUGAGUAUGGCAAGAAGAAGCUGAAGUACCUGCCUUACAACCACCAGCACGAGUACUUCUUCCUCAUCUUCCCACCUCUGCUCAUCCCUGUGUAUUUCCAAAUCCAAAUCAUCUCGACCAUGAUCAGGCACAGGUUCUGGGCGGACCUCGCCUGGGCCAUCAGCUACUACAUCCGCUACUUCAUCACCUACAUCCCAUUCUAUGGUGUCCUGGGGUCCCUAUUUCUCCUCACUUUUGUCAGGUUUCUGGAGAGUCACUGGUUUGUCUGGGUCACCCAGAUGAAUCACAUCCCAAUGGAAAUUGAUUCUGAGAAGCACAGAGACUGGCUUAGCUCUCAGAUGGCAGCCACGUGCAACAUUGAGCAGUCCUUCUUCAAUGACUGGUUCACUGGGCACCUGAACUUUCAAAUCGAGCACCACCUGUUUCCAACAAUGCCACGGCACAACUUCUGGAAGGUGAAACCUUUGGUGAAGUCCUUAUGUGCCAAGUAUGGAGUCCAGUAUGAAGAGAAACCUCUUGGAAAAGCAUUCGUAGACAUUGUUGGGUCCCUAAAGAAAUCUGGAGAUCUGUGGCUGGAUGCUUACCUCCAUAAGUGACCAUAAAUCUUACUGGGGAGGUGUGAGUGACAGAGAGGGAUGGGGGGGGAAUCACACGUGUGUCUUUUACUCUCAGAUUUCAGUCUAUAGCUUCGUGCACAGCUGGAGGGCACCUUCCCUUCUUGUGAACUGGUUUGGGCCCAGGCAACCUGUUUAAUCCAGACAGAUGCAAAAAUGUGCUU